UUGUGACAUAAAGAAGAAAUUAGAGAGCAGCUUCAAACAUGGUUGUCGGAUAUAAUUAUUUUCUAUUUAUUUUCUCCUCUGUUUUUGCCGAGUCAAGGUCAACUCAGUUUACUCCUGGUAGUUAUGGUGUGAACAAUUAUGUAGAAAAAUAUAGAAAGAUUAAUAAAUCCGGGGAAGGUGUGCUGCUGCUAUUUUCAACCAAUCAAGAAAGAGAAAGAGAAAGAGAAGAAGAUUCGUUUUCACAGGCUAAAAUGGCGGCUGUCACCAUUAUCUCCCCCUCUGCGCGGUAUGUGUAUGACAGAAUGCGUGACUGAGAAUUCGUAAACAAAAUUGAAGUGGGUUCGUUCGUUUCAGCUUGCAAUGUGUUGCUCUGCUCAACAAAUGCGGCGUCGUUUCUGAUUCCUCUGUUUCUUGAUUUUAAGUUGAAUCUCAGCUUCUCUGCUUUUAUCUUGUUGCUUUUUGGCUGUAGUUGAUUUGCAGUUAGCGGCGGUUAAUUAUGAAAAGCUUUGUCCGAAUCUCUGGACUAUUGUGGGCUGACAUAUUGGUGGCAUAUGCAUUCUUUGUGAUGCAAAGUUACCUAACCGAUGUGUGGAAACUAAGCUUUACUCACGCCGCUGGUAUUUUGAACUUCUGGAAUGGAAUUUCUAUGGUUUUGCCGGUUUUUUUCCUGUUCCUAGUCGACGCCUUCAUCGGGAAUUUCACGAUGCUCGUGAUUUCUAGCACAGCUUACACUCUGGGAAUCAGCUUUGUUGCAAUGUCAACACCGCCAGUUCUUGCCAAUUCGACAGGCACGUGCAAACAAUAUGAGCCACAGUGCAUCGGCCGCACGCAAAAAGCCCUCUUCUACACAGGCAUGGCAUUGCUUACAGUGGGAAUAGCCGGUAACCUAGUCUCUGUGCAUUCUCUGCUCGAGGAACAACAAGAUAAACCCGAUAACCACACUAAUUCAACAAGAAAUUGCUUAAAGCUACCAGGCUUCACUCUCAUGGUCCUUAUACCGCUCGUUGGAGCUAUUGCACUUCCAUACAUAAAACCAUGGGACAUUCGAUUCGGGAUUCCAGCAAUCUUGACUUUAAUCGCAACCCUUCUUUUUUUCACCGGUUCGUUUACGUACGAUAAGGAACAACCAAAGGGCAGCCCAAUAACUUCCGUUUGCAGAGUUUUUGUUGCGUUUUUUUCCAAGAUAUCCGAAUCCUUUCCACUUAAAUCAAGCCAGCUUUACAGAGUAAAUGGCGUGGAUUCUUUUUCUCGUACUCGUUUUCUCAGGUGCCUAGAGAAGGCUGCUAUUGUAUUACCAGACGUAAGCACAGAAGACCAAGUCAAGAAAUGGAGACUCAGCUCAGUAUCGGAAGUCGAAGAUGCCAAAAUCGCAGUUCGAAUGGUGCCCAUGUGGAUCACCUUCAUUGUGUGUGGGAUUGUGUCCUCUAUCGGAAACACUUACUUUAUCGAACAGUCGAAAAACAUGAACCGCAAAAUAGGAGUGUGGAAAGUUCCUACUCAAAUACUUCUGCUGCUAUUCGGGUGGGGCAAAUUAUUUUUCGGGUUAUUGGCAUCUUGGUUUCUGAAGAAGUCGAAAACAUACGGACCCUCGAUAGGGAUUGCAGUGGCCAUGAUAUUUUCGAUCCUAUGUUGUAUAACUGCUGCAAGAAUCGAGAAAAAGAGGAUGGGAGUUAUUACAAGGCACGGUCUAGUUGAUAAGCCAGAUGAGGAUAUUCCGAUGAGCGUAUAUUGGCUGCUCUUUCAGUUCUUUCUACUUUCGGGACUUGAUUCUUUCUUUGAAAAGAGCGUCGCUGCGUUUUAUAAAUGCCAGUCGCCUGAGUGUAUGAAGAAGUACCUAGAGUACUUCACUAAGGGAGUGUUUGGUCUGGGGUACAUGUGCAGCGUGUUGUCGGUUUAUGUUGCGGGUAAAGCGAGUGAGAGAGGUGGCAAAAGGAACUGGUUUCAGUUUACGUUGAAUAGGAGUCGUUUGGAUCGGUAUUAUUGGGUGCUUGCCAGUUUGAGUAGUGUGAAUCUUGUUUUGUUUGUGGUGGUGGCUUCGUGUUAUAGAUACAAGAACCGGGAUGCGGCGGAGGAUGACGUGGCGGAGGAGGAGGUGGAAUUGGGCGUGGUGGCGGCAGUGGUAUCUGUUGUCUCAGGACAAAAUGAAGAAGAUCAAUGAUAUAUAUGUACCUCAAUAUUGAGUAAGGAUGAUCACCUGUAAUUUUACACUAUUUUUAUUGUAAGUUAGUUUCAGUACAUUUUUAUUUCAAUCUUGUGUGAUUAUUUUUGGAUGUUAAAUGUGAGCAUGUGAUGUAUAUUGUUGAAAAACCCCUGCAAUACUCCAGAAUUGCUAAAUAAACCUUCAUGUUACUUUCAUUAUCGAAA